CCAACCUCGCUCCUCGCAUUCCCUCUGCGACUUUCUCUCCCGACUUGCAGUCACUUGACUCAUUUCUCCCGCGAAAACCACAGGAAGGUGAAAACAAGAAGCAAAAUGCGUGAGAUUCUUCACAUACAGGGCGGCCAGUGUGGGAACCAGAUUGGGGCGAAGUUCUGGGAGGUAGUGUGCGCCGAGCACGGGAUCGAUUCGACUGGUCACUACAAUGGGGACAUGGAUCUCCAGCUAGAGCGGGUCAACGUGUACUACAACGAAGCGAGCUGUGGGAGGUUCGUGCCUCGGGCGGUUCUCAUGGAUCUGGAGCCGGGUACCAUGGACAGUGUCAGAUCCGGGCCUUACGGGCAAAUUUUUCGCCCCGAUAACUUCGUUUUCGGGCAAUCGGGUGCGGGUAACAACUGGGCCAAAGGGCAUUACACCGAGGGAGCGGAGCUUAUCGACUCCGUCCUAGACGUUGUGAGGAAGGAGGCCGAGAACUGUGACUGUUUGCAAGGGUUUCAGGUAUGCCAUUCACUUGGGGGUGGGACCGGGUCCGGAAUGGGGACCCUAUUGAUAUCGAAGAUACGGGAGGAAUACCCGGAUCGAAUGAUGCUCACUUUCUCGGUGUUCCCGUCCCCGAAGGUGUCCGACACCGUGGUGGAGCCUUACAACGCCACCCUCUCCGUCCACCAGCUUGUCGAAAACGCCGACGAGUGCAUGGUCCUCGACAACGAGGCUCUCUACGAUAUAUGCUUCCGCACUCUCAAGCUCACCACCCCCAGCUUUGGGGAUUUGAACCACCUCAUUUCUGCUACCAUGAGUGGUGUCACAUGCUGCCUUCGUUUUCCCGGUCAGCUGAACUCUGACCUUCGCAAGUUAGCAGUAAACUUAAUUCCUUUCCCACGGCUUCACUUCUUUAUGGUUGGCUUUGCACCCCUCACGUCUCGAGGUUCCCAGCAAUACCGGGCUCUCACUGUCCCUGAACUUACUCAGCAAAUGUGGGAUGCUAAGAAUAUGAUGUGUGCUGCUGACCCUCGACAUGGCCGGUACCUAACAGCAUCAGCCAUGUUUCGUGGCAAGAUGAGCACAAAGGAGGUUGACGAGCAGAUGAUAAAUGUACAGAACAAGAAUUCGUCCUACUUUGUAGAGUGGAUUCCUAAUAAUGUGAAGUCCACUGUUUGCGACAUUCCUCCCACUGGCCUGAAGAUGGCUUCCACAUUUAUUGGGAACUCCACAUCAAUUCAAGAGAUGUUUAGAAGGGUUAGUGAGCAGUUCACAGCUAUGUUCCGCAGGAAGGCCUUCUUGCACUGGUACACUGGGGAGGGUAUGGAUGAGAUGGAGUUCACAGAGGCCGAGAGCAAUAUGAAUGACCUUGUUGCUGAGUAUCAGCAGUAUCAGGAUGCAACUGCAGAUGAGGAAGAUGAGUACGAGGAGGAGGAAGGAUAUGAGGAAGAGGCUUAAAAUUAGUCUGUUGCUUUCCUGCGUAGGAUAGUAGAUGAAUUUACUAUGGUUAUAGUUUCUGUCUGUGUUUGUGUUGUUGUGCCAUGGAGUAUUUCUAAAACUUGGGAGUUUACUAAUGCAAUGCCGCAUUGCCUGUGUCUGGGUGUGCGUCCUUUAUUUUUUGGUGUUCUCUCCAUAAUUGACAGAGCAAACUUUGGAUCA